AUGUCCACUCUAGUCCUUUUGAUUGCAUCAGCAUGCGGUAUUUGGUACAUCUUUCUCCUCACUGUCCAAGCUAUCGGGCUCACUCAAUUAUUUCGAUUCUACUCCUCGAAGCCAAGACCUGGGGUCUCGCCCACACUCAAACUUGAAGAUGUGCCGCAUAUAACAGUAAUUCGACCUGUCAAAGGACUCGAACCUCAAUUAUACGAAUGCCUUGCUGCCACGUUUCGACAAACAUACCCUCUUCAGAGAUUAACAGUAUACCUUUGCAUAGCAUCAGCAAGCGAUCCCGCGUUUCCUGUAUUGCAACGUCUGCUGGCAGACUUUCCGAAGUUCGAUGCUAAGUUACUCGUUGAAGAGGAGGACCCCAAUUUGGCUGGUCAUGGAGGCCAAACUAAUAAUCUUGGACCGAAUCCCAAGAUUCGCAAUAUGAGUCGGGCAUAUCGAGAAGCCAAGGGAGAGGUUGUGUGGAUUGUCGACUGCAAUGUCUGGUUGGGGAAGGGUGUUGCUGGCAGAAUGGUUGACAAACUGUACGGCUUUCGACCAGAUGGAACCAGAGCUACUCCUUACAAAUUCGUUCACCAGCUGCCUCUGGUUGUGGAUAAUGUAGGAGCGACAGCCAAUGAGGAAUCGCGGGGACUUCUGCAAAGCGACGACGAAAGUGGGCAGGUUACCUCUACAAGCACCGCUGCAUACGAUAUUACUUCCCCCCCGACGGACGAGCCAAGGCUUCAUGAAAUAUUACGAAGAGGUGGUGGCCGUUUGGAGGAGAUGUUUAUGUCUACAUCACACGCCAAGUUCUACAGUGCCAUCAACACGGUGGCCAUUGCGCCGUGUAUCGUUGGGAAAUCGAACAUGUUCAGACGCGCUCAUCUGGAUUAUCUUACUUCAUCGUCUCCGAAAUACUCUCCUGGUAUCGACUACUUCUCAGAGAACAUCUGUGAAGAUCAUAUGAUAGGCGAUUUGUUGUUUCGAAGUCUGGUUGAGGAGGAGAAGGCAGGCAAGAAGUUUAAGAGACAUGGUCUUGUCUUUGGAGAUCUUGCUAUUCAGCCAAUGGCUGGCAUGUCGGUGCAAGAAUACAUCAACCGUCGAGUAAGAUGGCUCCGAGUUCGCAAGUGGACAGUUAUCCUCGCCACAAUGGUGGAGCCAGGUGUUGAGCCUCUGCUUUGUUCGGCAUAUGGUGCAUUCGCAAUGACCACUCUGCCAUUCUUCCACAAAAAUCUUGGCAUUCUGCAGACAUGGCUUGCUUUUGCGAUUGCUUGGUUGAUCUCAGUGACGGCAUGGAUGAGUGUUGACACUGUUUUGUAUGCCAAACUCCAUUCAGCAGCAACCAUUGAGCUCGAUGCAGACACACCUUCUUUUGCACGCCCGCCUGCUGGUCAGCAACGAAGACCAUUCUCUGAAUGGAUCUUGGCAUGGCUUGGUCGAGAAUUCCUAGCCUUACCCAUAUGGACUUGGGCCAUAUAUGGGGGAACAACUGUGACUUGGCGAGGGGAAAAAUUCCGUGUCAAUAUUAACAUGACAGUCAAAGAGAUCAAGGAAAGAGACAAGACGGCAACUCCAGAGACGGAGAGGGCACGUUCACGGAGCAAAGAUAGACAGGACUGA